UGUCAGGAAGGGGGUCGUUGAGGCCGGUUGAGAGGCAGGGGUGGGGGGAGAAGGGGGGCAAGUUGAAGGGCCCCCCCCAAACCACCCGGGGAGAGUUCCCUGGCCGACACCUUGAUAAGGAAAGGAGGCGCCCUGGAGCCCAUGGAGUCUUCGUCGUCGUCCAUCGAGGCCAAGCUGAGGAUGGAGGGGGUGGAGCUGAAAGAGGAGUGGCAAGACGAAGACUUCCCACGACCGCUGCCAGAAGACGACCACGUCGACGAUCUGCCGGAUGCAACGGGAGGAGGGGACUGUUCUGGAGCCGGUGACGGCAAAGCGAAGAAGAAGCUCCUGGCCCCGGACAUCAGCCUGACUCUGGAUCGGAGCGAGGCGUCCGUUCUGUCGGACGAGUUGGACGAGAGCGGGGAGAUCGACCUGGAUGACAUGGACACCCCCUCCGAAAACAGUAACGAGUAUGAAUGGGAAGACGAUCUUCCGAAACCCAAAUCGACCGAAGUCAUUAGGGAAGGAGAGCUUCCGGAAUACUCAGCAUCCGAGGAGAAAGAGGAGGAGCGGCGCUGGCGUUUGUUCCGGAUCGGAGAGCAGUCUCACCGGGUGGACAUGAAGGCCAUCGAGCCCUAUAAGAAAGUGAUCCGGCACGGAGGAUAUUACGGCGAUGGAUUAAACGCGAUAGUCGUGUUCGCCGUUUGCUUCAUGCCGGAAAGCAGUCAGCCAAACUACAAAUACUUAAUGGAUAACCUAUUUAAGUUCGUGAUCGGAACACUGGAGUUGCUGGUUGCCGAGAACUACAUGAUCGUUUACCUCAAUGGCGCCACGACGCGGAGGAGGAUGCCCAGCCUGGGCUGGCUCAGGAAAUGCUACCAACAGAUCGACAGGAGGUUGAAGAAAAAUCUGAAAUCCUUAAUCAUAGUUCAUCCCUCCUGGUUUAUCAGGACGCUUCUGGCAAUCACGAAACCUUUUAUUAGCUCGAAAUUCAGCCAAAAAAUCAGAUACGUCUUCACUCUGGCAGAGCUGGCGGAACUGGUCCCCAUAGAAUCCGUGGGCAUACCAGAAUGCAUAAAGCAGUACGACGAAGAAAAACUUAGAAAGAAAGCCAAAAGAAUUGACCAAGAGCUUAACGGAAAGCAGGAACCGAAGACGGAACAGUGAAGAACCCUCGGAGUUGUCGGAGUUGAACCAAGACUGAGAAACGUGCCGACGGAAUGACGUCUUGCCUUUUUUAAAAAAAACACAAACCUGUUGCGGCGGCUGGUUUGCCUCUGGACUUGUGCCCAGCGGUUUUUGACCCGCAGUAUCGGCUUGCCCGUCCAGACGUAUAGCUGCCUUUCUUGUAACUGCCUUAUAAUGCAAGCGUCACGGAGCGCCGUAGGAGGCGCCCACGUUCUAUCUCAAAGGAUGCUUAUUCAGUAAAUAUUUAUAUGCAUAAAUGUUAAAGGAAAGGAAAGAGAGAAUAAUAUAUAUAUAUUUUUACAACUUCUUAAAAGCAAUACAUAACGCCUGCCUACAGGGGUUUUUGCAAGGAGGCCAGAGGCCGACUCUUGACUGCUGUCAUCCACUUGGUAAUAAAAGUGCACAAGGAUGUCUUGGAAAUGGCCAACCGCCUCUCGGUCAACAGAAAACCCCCAUCCGCACCCUCUGCUAGUCAGGGAUAAUCGGCCGGGCAGCAGAAAGGUGAGGCUUCCAUUUUGGAGGUAACCAGCAUUUGUUACACUGCUUUGGUGCAAAUGAUCGGCCCGGGCCCGUUGUCUAGAGGGCUUUCAGUUUUGGCUCUGAAUAGCCGUGCUUAUUUGUGAACAGAGGGGUUCAAAGAACGCCAGCUUGGGUCGCUUUACUCAUUUGAACCGUGGACGUCCGAUGCGCGAGCCAACCUUCAUCACCCAAAGGCCUGUAUCGACCCAACCGAGCCACGUUCUGCGUGAGACAGGCCAGCCGGCCAGCCUGAAGGGCAGAUCCACGCAUCAAUGCAACACAAGGCUGCCGCCGAAAGUGGCAUCCCCGUGCCAUGAGCUUCCUCUCCCCAUAACACUUAGCACAUCUCGCUCCAUGGUCUGCUGAGAUUUCCCCCCCCCCCCGCCCUCCAGGGACACAGGGUGGAGAAAUGCGCCGUGUUGGAGAUAAUGGGGUUGGCUGAGCGUGCCAAUACAGAAGGGUGGAACCUGACACGGAGAUGCCAUUUUUCAGUGGCAGCUCUGUCUCCCCUUCCGUGCCCAGAUGCACUGCCUUUUCUGCCAUUUCGUAGACAGAUCGUGCCUUGUGCUUUUUU